AUGAAAACCCCAGCCAAAGAGACUCCAGUGAAGGAGGUGAAACCAAAAGUUUCAAAGAGGGCAGCAAAGGUUAGCAAAGAAGCUACCCAGCCAAAUCUCCUGCAAAGAGAGCUAGGAGAGGGAGACCAGCAAAGGCUGCUACUCCAGCUAAACCUGAGCCAGUCGCAGUUGAAGCUAGUCCAGAGAAGACCCCGCAUCUCCGGUCAAGUCUGUGAGGAAGCAAGCACCUGCAGUAGCCCCCAAGAAGGAACAAAGAGGGCCGCUCCUGAGCCAGAGGCUGUAGCAUCUCCAGCUCCCAAGAAGACCAGAGGUGGACGUUCCAAAGCCGCCCCUAAAGCAGCACCAGCAUCUCCUAAAGUUGCUACCCCAAAGCCUUCACCGAAGGUAACACGAAGAGGCAAGGUAGCUCCCAAAGCAGCAGCAGCCACACCCAAGAAGGCAAGCAAGAAAGCAACCAAGGCUGCAGCAAAGACUCCAGAGCCUGUGAAGCCAUCGCCUAAGGUUACAAGAGGAAGGGCAAAAGCCCCAGCUAAGGCAGCUAAGGCAGCAAAAGCGUCUCCAGCUCCACUCCACCAGAACCACUCGUUCAAGAAGGAAAUAAACAAUUUAGAGACCCCCACAGUACCAUAUUUUUCUUGUCUUCAUGUGUAA